GAGAAAGCUCGGCCAAUGCCCGUCUUGAUCAUACAAGAGGAAGAAGUGUAUUAUAAAGAAGAAAGAGAAUGAAUCGGGAUGAGGAAGGAAAAGAGUAUGAAGGCGCCAUGUCGAUUGACGGAGGAGAGGAUUAAAAAUAUGAUCAUUGGAGAGGAAGGGUCUCUUACUGAGAAGGAGGUGGACUUCCUUGUCAGCGUCAUGAAGAAAACCCAUCUGGCUUAUGCCUUCGAUGAUGAUGAGCGAGGGAGGCUUGACGUUGACCUGAUUCCAAUGAUCAGGGUUCAUACGGUACCUCACGAGCCGUGGAACAUACGAGGCCCACGUUAUCCGAACCCGGAUGAUCACCGUAGAGUCGUUGAAUAUUUGGACGGUAAAAUUCAGACAAAGGUCGCGUAUUACUUGUAUGGACCAUAUGCGUCCCCUUGGUUUUGUUUCAUCAAGACAAGUGGCGUAUUGCGAUCGGUGCAGAAUCUACAGAGGCUGAACUCAGUGACGGUUCGUGAUGCCGGAGGACUUCCACAUGCCGAUCAGCUGUCUGAGUCGUGCGCAGACAGGCCUAUCAUCACUCUCAUUGAUUUGUACUCGGGAUAUGAUCAAUUCCCUCUCUAUACGGCAGACAGGUCGAUGAUGGCCAUGCAUAUGCCGAGGGGAUUGAUUCAUAUGUAUGCGGCGCCUCAGGGAUGGACGAACGCCGUGGCGAUUGUUCAGAGAUAUAUGAUGAGGGUCAUGCAGCCGCUUUGUCCGGACGUGACCUCACCGUAUAUCGAUGACUUGGUCAUUCUUGGGCCACGUAUUAAGGACGAAACGGAGGUGCUGCCACGCGUCCGAAAGUUUGUUUGGGAGCACGUUCGUGACGUGGAGAAGGUCCUGUCCAAGUUAAAGGAGUACAACCUCACCGCCAGUGGUGUCAAAUCUCGACAUUGUAUGCGUGAGGCGACUAUCUUGGGCUUCUUGUGCGAUGAGAAGGGCCGUCGGUCAGAUUCCAAGAAAACAAACAAGAUUCUGGAAUGGCCGACUCCGCUUAAGUCCAUCACGGAUGUGCGCAGUUUUUUGGGGACUUGCGGAUUCUGGCGUAUCUUUAUUCGCAAGUUCGUUGCAAGGGUGGAGCACCUACGGAAGUUGGUGCGUAAAAAUCAGGAAUGGGAAUGGGCUUCAAAGCAGCAGGUGGCUGUUGACGACAUCAAGGCACAAUUCCGAGAAGGAGGAUUGAUCCUGGGGGUUCCAUGCUUUGACAAUGACCCGAACCGACCCUUUGUGGUUGAAACGGAUGCAGGCUCCACAGCGUUGGGUGGAGUCCUCAUCCAGAAGGAUGGAGAAGGGCGAGAAAGACCACUGAGAUUUGAAAGUCGAACGUUGAAUGAGGCAGAAAGGAAGUAUUCCCAAUUUMAGAAGGAAACSCUUGCAGUGCUUCAUUGCUUCAGGAUCUUCCGAAACUACGUGUUUGGAAGACGGUUCGUCCUGCGGGUUGAUCCGACCGCCCUGGCGCAGUCAUUGAAGAAUUAUUCUCCCUCGGAUCCAACUAUUGCUCGAUGGUUGAUCUAUAUCCGGAUGUUCGAUUUCGAGAUCGAGCGUAUUGCGGGAACACAAAAUCGAGCCGGCGGAUUGAGUCGGAUCGAGUGCGACUCCUCGAAAGAUCAAGCAGAAGACUCGGUCCCUGCGGAUGGGUUUCUGGAGACGGACGAUCAACAACUGAGUAUCAAUGUUUGGGAAUACAUCAUUAAUGCGUCGUCCCGACCUGGGAAGUCUAUCCGGAGUUCGCCGAGUUCUUAUCAAAAGUGUGCAGAGCUUGUGAUGAGGGAACCCUUUUUUGAGGAAGAUCCUUGGGGUGAACGGUCUGCUGAGCAGAUGAUGAGGUUGGCGUUGUCUGACCCAUUACAACUUUCGGAAGAACCUCUUACGAUUGAAGGGGGGCAUGAGCAAGGCAACGAAGUCCUCAAGAUUUUUGGGGGAAUGGUGUUUCUUGUUAAUUCGUUGAUACAGGAAGAUCACGGUAAGCUAAUGUUGGAAGAAGGGGAAGGCAGUGAGAUCAAAGAAGCCUUUCGUGAGGAGGAAUAUGAUGGGAUUUAUAAGAAGAUUGGGCUUUGGCUGAAUGGGGACCUGAACGAGGCAGAGAUAGAGCCAGAAAUAAGAGAGAAGGCAAAGGAUUUUGUCAUUCGACAGGGGCAUCUUUUCAAAAAGUCUGACGAUGGGUCGCCGCGUCCUUAUGAUCCUCGUCUGACCAACUUGGAUUAUAUGGAUGGGGUUGUCUCGCCCUGUAGGCGUGACAUUAACAGAGUUGCGAUACUGGAAUCGGAGGGAAUGUGGUGAGGCUCGAAUCUAAAGCGGGGCUUGAUGUCGGGAUGUUAUCCUUUGUGGAGGAUUACACCACUCCUCGACGCAGCCACAUGGAAUUCG